AUUAUGUCUAUCUAUAAUAUCGAAAUGCAAGAUACCGAAAAUAUAAAUGAAUGGAUAAAUUGGAUUGAAGAAUCUAUUGAUAAAGAACAUUUGAAUUAUUACGAAUAUAAUCAAUUUAACAACUUUAAGGAAAUUGGUGCUGGAAGUUUCGGAAAAGUGUUUCGAGCCAAUUUGAAAAAUUUAGAAAAAAAUUUUGCGUUAAAAUCGUUUUUUAAUAUAAACAACGCCACUAUGAAAGAAAUUGUUCGUGAGGUAAAAAUUCAACGUAAAGUUGAUUUUCAUGAUAAUAUUAUUCGUUGUUAUGGAGUAACGAAAUUUAUGUCAGAAAAUCAUGAUAAUAAUAUUAAUUAUAUGUUAGUAAUGGAAUAUGCUAAUAGCGGUAGUCUGCGAAAUUAUUUGAAGAAUAAUUUUAAUAAACUUACUUGGGAUAACAAGUACCUUAUGGCGUAUCAAUUAGCUUGCGCUGUAUCGUGCUUACAUAAUGAGGGGAUUAUCCAUUGUGAUUUGCAUUCUGGUAAUGUAUUAGUUCAUCAUGAUACAAUUAAAUUAGCAGAUUUUGGAUUAUCAAAAAGGAUUGGAGUAUCCACCAAUUUUCAAUCAAAAUUAUUUGGAAUGGUUCCUUAUGUUGAUCCAAAAAGCUUUAGCAGGAGAAGAAAUAAUGAUAACCAAGUGUAUUCAUUAAAUGAAAAAAGUGAUGUUUACAGUAUUGGAGUAUUGCUAUGGGAAAUGUCAAGUGGGCAACCUCCUUUCUAUGCUGAUGGAGAAAAUUAUGAUGUUGGUCUGAUUUAUGACAUUUCACAAGGUCUCAGGGAAACGGUUGUUCCUGAUACACCUGAUGAAUAUGUAAAAAUUUAUACUAAAUGUUGGGAUGGUGAGCCAGAUAAUCGUCCAACUAUAUUUCAAUUAAUUGAUUGGUUAAAAGUAAUCAUUACAAAAACUGAUGUAAUGAUAGAUAAUAUUCAAUUAUCAAGUGAUCAAGAAUUUAAUUUAAGUAAUGUUGAACCUUCUGUUAAUAUGCCUUUUAAUAUUAAUAAUUCAGAAUUACAAGGAGAACUAUCUCAACUUAUUCAAAAUUUUGAUAAAAUGAAUACAAAAGAAAUUGAUAGUAUAAUAAUAUCAGCAAGUGAACAAAAAUAUAAUUUAUCUAAAAAAGAUUUUAAUAUAAUAAUUGAUGAAAUAAAUGAUUUUAUUUUUAAAUCAUUUAAUAAAGGAAUUAAUGAUAAAUUAGUAAAACAGCAAGUUAUUGAAUAUUUUAAUAAUAAUAUUAUAGAUUUACAAGAUAAUUAUAAUUGGUUAUUACAACAUCAAAAUAGUUCAAAUUCUAUUUUUUUACUUGGAUAUUUUAAUUAUUAUGGAAUUGAAACAAAUGAAAAUAAUGAGAAAGCAUUUAAGUUAUUUUAUGAUGCACACAGUAGAGAUCAUAUAUUAGCAUCAUAUUUUGUUAGUAUAUGUUAUCAAUAUGGGUAUGGAAUUGAUAUAAAUGAAAAUUUGGCUUUUAAAUAUUUUGAAAUAAUAGCUAAGCAAAAUUAUACAAUUGGACAAAUGGAAGUUGGUUAUUGUUAUGAAAAUGGAAUAGGUGUUAUAAAAGAUGUAAAAAAAGCUUUUAAUUGGUAUAAACAAGCUGCAAAGAAUGGAAAUAUAAUGGCCAUGCACAAUCUUGGUCUUUAUUAUAAAGAUGGAAUAGGUGUUGAGAAAAAUCAUAAUAAAGCUUUUGAAUUGUUUAAACAAUCUGCUGAAAGAGGAUUUUUGGGUGGAAUGACUUCAUUAGGAUGUUGUUAUGAAAAUGGUAUUGGAACUGAAAUUAAUAAACAAAAAGCAUUUAUAUUAUAUCAAAAAUCAGCAAAUUUAGGAGACAUGGUAGCACAAUAUAAUCUUGCUUAUAUAUAUGAAAAUGGAGAUGGAAUUACGAAGGAUAUAAAUAAGGCAAUUUAUUGGUAUAGAAAAUCUGCUGAACAAGGUGAUCAAGAUGCAAAAGAUAAGUUGGUAUUACUCCAAAUAAUUUAUAAUUAA